GUACAGUCUUUUAUAAUUGUCAAUACGCGUAUUUCACUGUAUCAAAAAAGUCGCGAGAGUGCUGUCGUGUCUAUAAUGCCUUAUUUCACUCCUAUAAGCAAUAUUCACCAGCAGAAAACAAACUGUAACGUCUCUGAAUUUAAGGUCCAUGGGAGUGGGGAGGACUGGAAACAAUGGCAUUUAUGUUUAAAGGCAGUGACGCAUUCAUACACAGAGAAGGAUGUCACCCCAAUCGUCUUAGAUAAAAAAUUAUGAUAUUUUGAAUGUUUGAUCCAUCACUGAACAGUGAGAAUAGUUUCUAGUUUAUCUUUACCCUUAAAUUCUGUAUGUGAAAUCAUUGACAACUCGUCUGUUGGCCUUGUUUAAUUUAAUACAUUGCGUGAAUACACAGAUCAAGUCAAUGCUUGGGAUGACCGUAAUGGCAGUGUCCAUAAGUGAAAUAUGCGAAAAUACAAAAUUGGCCCGAGAAAUGGCUUUGAUGGGAAAUUAUGAAACAUCUGGUGUUUAUUAUCAAGGAGUAGUGCAACAAAUGCACCGGUUACUUCAGAGUAUAGCUGACCCAACUAGAAAGGGGAAGUGGCAACUGGUACAACAACAGAUAGCUCAAGAAUAUGAGCAAGUAAGAACCUUGACUAACACAUUGCAACUCUUUCGGUCUGACUCCCAUACUGAAAGACCUUUAGCAUCUGUAAUACGAAGUCAACCUUACGAAGAACCAACUAGAGAUGCUGCUGUUUCAUGGUUUAAUUCUGGUCCUAAAGACCCUGACGUCUGGCCUCCACCUCCUGACAGAGACCCUGAUGUUUGGCCUCCUCCAACACCUGUAGAACACAAGAAUGCUCCUCCCAUAAAACCUUUAAGAGGUGGUCCUCAGAAAAGAGGUACUGACAUGAAGAAGGGAUCAGCUCCUAAUCAAUCUGCCAAGGGCGGUACUGCAGGAAAGAAAACAAAUCCACAUGACUCCAAACCAGUGAGGAGAGAAAACAGGCCCAAUACUGGACGUAAGGAUAGUAAGGUGCGAUCUGAAAGUAACAGCUCUCCUGAGGAAAAAAUUGACAAAGAUAAAAUUGAGGUUGAGGAAAAGAAAUUUGAUGGUUCAGGUCCUGAUCAUGAACUAGUCGAAAUACUAGAGCGAGAUAUUGUCCAGAAGAACCCAAAUAUUCAUUGGAAUGAUAUAGCUGAUCUACAUGAAGCCAAACGACUGUUAGAAGAAGCUGUAGUUCUUCCUAUGUGGAUGCCUGACUUUUUCAAGGGGAUUCGUAGACCCUGGAAAGGUGUCCUCAUGGUUGGACCUCCUGGCACAGGAAAAACUAUGUUGGCUAAGGCUGUUGCAACCGAAUGUGGCACAACCUUCUUUAAUGUGUCUUCUUCAACUCUAUCAUCCAAGUAUCGUGGGGAAUCUGAAAAACUGGUUCGCCUCCUAUUUGAAAUGGCCAGGUUUUAUGCUCCUAGUACUAUUUUUGUUGAUGAGAUUGAUUCAUUGUGCUCUAGAAGAGGAUCUGAAAGUGAACAUGAAGCAUCUCGAAGGGUGAAGUCAGAACUUCUUGUGCAGAUGGAUGGAAUCAGUUCAAAUAGUGAGGAUCCUAGCAAGGUUGUCAUGGUUUUAGCUGCAACUAAUUUUCCUUGGGAUAUAGAUGAAGCGUUGAGAAGGCGACUAGAAAAACGAAUUUAUAUUCCCCUUCCAAACACUGAGGGUCGAGAGGCUUUAUUAAAAAUAAACCUAAAGGAUGUGAAGCUAGACCCAGAUGUAAAUCUAGGUGAUAUUGCAAAAAAACUCAAAGGGUAUUCUGGAGCUGACAUCACAAAUGUUUGCAGGGAUGCCUCAAUGAUGUCAAUGCGCCGAAAGAUAGCCGGGCUUCGACCAGAACAAAUUCGAACUUUGGCCAAAGAAGAGCUUGAUCUCCCUGUGACUUUUCUGGAUUUUGAAGAAGCCAUAUCUAAAUGCAAUAAGAGUGUGUCCCAAGAAGACCUAGAUAAAUAUGAAAAGUGGAUGAGUGAAUUUGGUUCAAGCUAAUUAAGAAAAAUCCUUACAAAGAAACAAAAAAUCUUUAAUACAUGACUAAUUAUGAUACAGGGUGGCUUACUGUAUUUUUGCUGAAGUACUUUCUAUCCUCCCCUCCUUUUUAUGUGAUUUAUUUAUUUAAUUCUGUACUUAAGAGUUGUCAGCUCACAACGAAUAAUUUAUGUUUAUGUUGUCCACCUAAAGCUGGAUGCGAUGUGACCUAUCAUGAUUGUAUUUUAAAUUGUAGCAUGGAAAUCCUUAUGAUACUUACUGUGGAUCCUCAAAAUACCAAACCUCUAAUUACCUUCUUCCUAAUUUUAACAUUCCUCAGACCUGAUCUGCUUGUUUUGUGGAGGUUAUACUGUACUUAUUUAUUUGAAAUGGCAAUGGGCAGUGCUUCUUGAGAUUUUGCCAGUCAUUCUCAGUUUUUGCAUUUUUCAAAUGGAUUUUCAAUUCUGCACACAUUGUUACUUCAGUUUACUCUAGGGCUUAGAUUAACAUAUGACUGUAAAUAUUACCACAGGAUCCAAAAGCUGAAAGACUGUUGAAAAACAUUAUAUAAGCUGUAAUGUUCGUUUUACAGAUACUGUAGCUGGUUGUAAUUUAAGGGCACAAUAUCUUAAACCUUCUGAUGUCUGUCUUAGUGCUCGUUUUUCAUUUUGCUGUUUCUAAAUUCAUUAGAUGAUGUUCAACUUUUAUGUUUGCUCAUUUUUGUUAUUACAGCACUUGGCUACCUGAAAAUAUCCAGAAAUAAUUUGGCAAGUUUCCUUUAUUUUUGUACAAACAUCAUGAAAGAAAUGUUUUGUCUUGCAUGUUAAAGUUUUUUGUUUGUUUUUCAAAGUACUGUAUUAUUAAUGAGAAGCUUUCUGGUAUGUGAUAUAAAAUCAACUUUGAACUAAAAAAUGUUAACAAAGAAAUGCUCGCCCCUGCCCCACUUUUUUAAAAAAUGGGUUGUCGAGAAUAUAUUUUGUGUGAUAUGGGUCACCAUUCCAUUAUUCAGAAGAAACUUACAGUUAUUAAUAAAUUGUUUUGUUCCUUACA